CUACCUAGCACCGGGCAGCUCUUCACGUUACCUAGAGUCAAAACUAAUAGAAGAGGUGUAUUAUCUUUUCUAGGGUAUGAUCCAGUGAAUGAUGUAUACAAAGUGUUGUGCAUGACUGUACUACGAGUUCAUCAAGAACGAGGAUCACGAGUUGUAUCUGAAGAGCAUCAAGUGUACACUCUAGGAGUAGGUCAACGAAAAUGGAGAAUGGUUGAAUGUAAGCAUCCACAUCUUCCUCCUACUCGUACUAAUUUACCUACUAAAGGGCUAUGCAUAAAUGGGAUACUGUACUAUUAUGCUUGGAUACAAAAUGAAGGAGCCUUGAUAAGCUUCGAUCUGAUAUCUGAAGAGUUUAACGUCAUUAAGUUACCUGUGGAUAACCCUUGCAUAGUGAACUACACUGGAAAGUUAGCUAUAGCGGGUGGAAUUAAUAAUGACGGUGCACUUGACCUGUGGGUUCUUGAAGAUGCCAGCAAGCAAGAAUGGUUCAAAGUUUCAAUCGUUGUUCCUUCUUGGAGAGAUUUAGCUGGAACUAAUAUUGGAUAUUUCAGGUUCAGGGGUACACUUAGUACCGGUGAACUUAUGUUUUCAACGCCCAGUUGCGUUAACUACUAUUUCAUUAGUUACAAUCCUAAAGAAAACAAUGCCAAGAAAGUUGUGGUUGAAGGUAUUGGAGAUCCCUAUAAUUAUCUUGAAGUAUAUUUUGAUCAUGUAGACAGUCCUAUGUUUCUGUCAUUGUAAGUUAAUCCUCUUGUGUUGCUUUUCAUUUGAAGAUCUCGGACAAAUAGUAGUUAAUUAUGUGUGGACCUGGCUGUUUUUUUUUUAAUUUUAUUUACAUUUUGA